UUUUAAGUCGUGGUGGGAAAUUAAAAUUUUUUUUUUUAAAUUAGUAUUUGAUUGGUGCGCGGUUGUGGCGGACUGGUGGUAGGUAGGUACCAGACAAGGCAGCUUACCUACUACCCGCUGCUCCGCCUUCCGGCCAACCUUUCCCUCCCUCGUAAACCAAUCAAAAUUCAUUCUCCUUCUGCGCCACCAGCUACUACUCCGCCGGCAAACAGUAAAAAAUGUCCCUGUCAUCUUCCACCGAGGACUCCUCAUCUCCGGCGAUCAUCACCUGUAAAGCGGCGGUGGCGUGGGGCGCCGGAGAGCCGUUGGUAAUGGAGGAAGUUGAAUUGAGUCCACCGCAUCCCCACGAGAUUCGGAUCAAAGUCUUCUCUUCUUCUCUCUGCCGCUCCGACAUUUCCGCUUGGGAAUCUCAGGCAAUAUUUCCAAGGAUAUUUGGCCACGAAGCAUCAGGGAUUGUUGAGAGCAUAGGAGAAGGGGUGACCGAGUUUAAAGAAGGGGAUCAUGUGCUCACUGUGUUUACAGGAGAAUGUAGGACUUGCAGGCAGUGCAGAUCAGGGAAAAGCAAUGUGUGCCAGGUGCUAGGGUUGGAAAGGAGAGGUGUGAUGCAUAGUGAUCAGAGGACUCGGUUCUCGAUCAAAGGGAAGCCCGUAUUCCAUUACUGCGCUGUUUCGAGUUUCAGUGAGUAUACGGUGGUCCACUCUGGUUGUGCCGUCAAGGUUAGCCCAAAUGCACCUCUGGAGAAGAUAUGCCUUCUUAGCUGUGGAGUUGCUGCAGGCUUAGGAGCAGCUUGGAAUGUUGCUGGUGUAUCCGAGGGAUCAACUGUGGUGAUCUUCGGACUUGGAACUGUUGGCCUCUCAGUUGCGCAAGGCGCUAGACUCAAAGGCGCAUCUCGUAUAAUUGGUGUGGAUACUAACCCUGACAAAUGCGAGAAAGCAAAGGCUUUUGGAGUUACAGAGUUCAUCAACCCAAGUGACAGUAGCGAACCCAUUCAACAGGUUAUAAAGCGAAUCACUGAUGGAGGAGCAGAUUACUCAUUUGAAUGCAUAGGCGACACUGGGAUGAUAACUACUGCUUUACAAUCAUGUUGUGAUGGAUGGGGAUUGACAGUCACUCUCGGCGUGCCAAAAGUAAAGCCUGAGAUGUCUGCUCAUUAUGGCUUGCUGCUUACGGGGAGAACACUCAAGGGAACUCUAUUCGGAGGGUGGAAGCCUAAAUCUGACCUCCCUUCUUUAGUCGACAUGUACAUGAACAAGGAAAUCGAGGUUGACGGUUUCAUUACACACGACCUCCCAUUCGAGGAUAUCAACACAGCCUUUAGUCUCAUGACAGAAGGGAAGUGCCUUCGCUGUGUUAUUCACAUGCCCAGAUAAACUACCUCUCUAGUCUCUUCUUUGUCCUCUAUUCGUUUGAUGAUUAUGCUUUCUGGUUCAACAAUCUCAAGUCUGAAACUCAUUCUCUUUCUUCUGCUAUAAAAAAAACAUACCAGUUGAUCAUCCAUCUUAUGCUUCUCCCCCGUUACGUUAUUGUCUGUUUGGAUUAAGUAAGCAUCCUUCAUUCUCUUUUGUUUUGUUUGUCCGGAUUUGAGAUAAUGCGUGAUAUGUGCGGUAAUAGGUAGCUGAUGAAGUUUAGGUGCUUGGGAGAUAAAAAGAAUAACUUCAG